AUGCACGAGAAGCUUUCGAUUGAAGAUGACAAGGCACUGCCGUCACCUUUUUCCAAUACAGCAACCUACGUCGAUUUUAAUGGGGCUGAUGAUCCCAAUUAUCCUCAGAAUUGGAGGAGGUCUAAAAAACUUUUCAACUCUGUUUUAGUCUGCUCAGGGACCUUCAUUGUAUCCGCAACAAGUGCCAUCUUUGCACCGGGAAUUGAAGAAGCAAGCAAAGCUUUUGGGGUGGGGACAGAGGUCGGAACACUGGGAACAACCCUCUACGUCCUUGGCUUUGCAUCAGGGCCUCUGAUCUGGGCACCUGCACCAGAGCUUUGGGGAAGAAAAUGGCCUCUGACAAUUGGAGUGUUAGGCGGUGGAAUCUUCACUAUUGCGUCGGCAGUGGCUGAAAAUAUCCAGACCUUAGUGAUAUGCCGCUUUUUCGCUGGCAUGUUUGGCGCAAGCCAACUGACUGUUGUCCCGGGUGUAUUGGUCGAUUUAUACAACAGUACAACUCGCGGUGCUGUGCUUUCACUAUAUUCACUGAAUGUGUUUAUUGGCCCCUUUAUGGCCCCUUUUAUAGGUGGCUUUAUUGUGUCCAGUCAUCUUGGCUGGCGGUGGACCCUUUACAUUUCGGCAAUUUUCAGUUUGGGAAAUGGACUAUUGAGUGUUCUCUUCUUGGAGGAGACAUAUCCGCCUUCCAUUCUGGUGGCAAAGGCUGCUACUAUCCGCAAAAAGUCCCAGAACGGUAAUCUCCGUGCCAGACACGAGGAGGUCGAUAUCAGUAUCGCAAAUAUCGUGGAUAAAAACUUCACACGUCCUUUGAAGUUGCUCUUCACGGAACCAAUUAUUCUUGUGAUGUCAGUCUACAUGUCCUUCAUCUAUGGCCUUGUCUAUGCGCUUCUUGAGGCAUUCUCUUUCGUCUUCGAGCACGUUCACGGAAUGACUCCUGCCUUUGCUGGUCUAAUGUUCUUUGGGCUCAUCGUUGGUGUGUUACUUGCGUGUGCGUUCAUUCUUUCUGGGCACUUAGCCUAUGCAAAGAAACUGGCAGAGAACAAUGGCGUGGCAGUUCCUGAGUGGCGCCUCGCUCCACCACUUCUAGGUGCGCCUGUUUUUACAAUAGGUCUCUUUUGGUGA